CGCGGCUCUGCUCGCCUCUCCCAGGAGAGACCAACAGGUGUCUCACGUGGCUGCCGCCCCCCGGGGCGUCCCUGCGCGGGUCCGCAGCGCCCCCUGGCCCGAGCCGAGCCCGCGCCUGUCAGCAGAGGGGCCUAGGCGGCGUGCGCUCCCCGCCGCGCUCCGCCCGGUGAGUCACCGCCCGAGUUGGCUCCGCGCUGCCGCUGCCCGCAAGCCCCGCUAGCAGCCUGGGCAGGGGCGGCGGCCGACGGUUCGCGCUCCUGGGAGGGGAGCCCGCCGCGACCCAGCCGCCCCUACCCGGACCGUGGAGGCUCGCCGGCCCGCGCGGGCGUUGCGGGCUUUGUUCGGCUUUGUCUGCGCCCACCUGAGCGCGGCCUUGCCUGGAAGUCGGCGUCCGCGCAGGAGCGCACCUGGCGUGCGCCUCGCUCUUGCCCCGCGGUCCGCCCGGGCUGAGCCGCGGAGGUCGUGGGCCGGGACACGCGCGCCGAGCCGAGGGGCGCGGCACGCAGUUACAUCAACAUGCCCUCUUUCCUCUUGCUGGAAGCCAUCUGUAUUUUCCUGUUUUCCAGAGUGCCACCAUCCCUCCCUCUCCAGGAAGUCCAGGUGAGCAGAGAGACCAUUGGGAAGAUUGCAGCGGCCAGCAAAAUGAUGUGGUGCUCGGCUGCGGUGGACGUCCUGUUUCUGUUAGAUGGCUCUCACAGCGUCGGGAAAGGGAGCUUUGAAAGGUCCAAGCACUUUGCCGUCACGGUAUGUGAUGCUCUGGACAUCAGCCCCGAGAGGGUCAGAGUGGGAGCAUUGCAGUUCGGUUCCACUCCUCAUCUGGAAUUCCCCUUGGAUGCCUUUCCAACUCAACAGGAAGUGAAGGCCAAAAUCAAGAGGAUGGUUUUCAAAGGAGGACACACAGAGACAGGCCUUGCUCUGAAGUACCUUCUGGGCAGAGGGUUCCCUGGGGGCAGAAAUGGCUCUGUGCCCCAGCUCCUCAUUGUCGUCACCGAUGGCAAGUCCCAGGGGCACGUGGCGCUGCCGGCCAAGCAGCUGAAGGAAAGCGGUGUCACUGUGUUUGCCGUGGGGGUCCGGUUUCCCAGGUGGGAGGAGCUGCACACUCUGGCCAGCGAGCCCACAGAGCAGCACGUGCUGUCGGCUGAGCAGACGGAGGACGCCACCAAUGGCCUUCUGAGCACGCUCAGCAGCUCUGGGCUCUGUAGCACUGCUGCUCCAGACUGCAGAGUGGAGGCUCAUCCCUGCGAGCGCAAGACCCUGGAGACCGUCAGGGAGCUCGCGGACAACGCUCUGUGCUGGAGAGGGUCGCGGCGGGCUGACGCUGUGCUGGCCUUGCGGUGUCCCUUCUACAGCUGGAAGAGAGUGCUCCUCACACACCCCGCCACCUGCUACAGGACAACCUGCCCAGGCCCUUGUGACUCCCAGCCCUGCCAGAAUGGAGGCACGUGCAUUCCAGAAGGACUGGGCAGAUACCACUGCCUCUGCCCGCUGGCCUUUGGAGGGGAGGCCAACUGCGCAGCCCCGAAGCUGAGUCUCGAGUGCAGAAUCGACCUCCUCUUCCUGCUGGACAGCUCUGCAGGCACCACCCUGGAGGGCUUCCUGCGGGCCAAGGCCUUCGUGAAGCGGUUCCUGCAGGCGGUGCUGAGCGAGGACUCCCGGGCCCGCGUGGGCGUGGCUGGGUACAGCCGGGAGCUGGUGGUGGUAGUGCCCGUGGGCGAGUACCAGGACGUGCCAGACCUGGUCAGGAGCCUCGACAGCCUUGUGUUCAGCGGUGGCCCCACCCUGACGGGCAGUGCCUUGCAGCAGGUGGCGGAGCGUGGCUUUGGGAGCGCCACCAGGACAGGCCAGGACCGGCCGCGCAGAGUGGUGGUCCUGCUCACCGAGUCCCACUCCCAGGACGAGGUGGCUGGCCCAGCGCGUCGUGCAAGGGCCCGAGAGCUGCUCCUGCUGGGUGUGGGCAGCGAGGCCGUGCGGGCGGAGCUGGAGGAGGUCACUGGCAGCCCCAAGCUCGUGCUAGUCUAUGCAGAAGCCCAGGACCUGUUCAACCAGAUCCCGGAGCUGCGGGGGAAGCUGUGCAGCCGGCCCCUGCCAGGCUGCCAGGCUCAGUCCCUGGACCUGGUCUUCCUGUUGGAUGCCUCUGCCUCAGUGGGACCCGAGAACUUCGCUCAGAUGCAGAGCUUUGUGAGGAGCUGUGCCCUCCAGUUCGAUGUGAACCCUGAUGUGACACAGGUUGGCCUGGUGGUGUACGGUAGCCAGGUGCAGACAGCCUUCGGGCUAGAGGCCCACCUUACCCGUGCUGCUGUGCUGCGGGCCGUGAGUCAGGCCCCCUACCUGGGGGGCGUGGGCUCAGCUGGCACAGCCUUGCUGCACAUCCAUGACAAGGUGAUGACUGUCCAGAGGGGUGCACGGCCUGGGGUCCCCAAGGCCGUAGUGAUGCUCACAGGUGGGAGAGGGGCAGAGGAUGCAGCCGUCCCUGCCCAGAAGCUGAGAAACAACGGCAUCUCCGUCUUGGUGGUGGGCGUGGGGCCUGUCCUGAGGGAGGCACUGAGGAGGCUGGCUGGUCCUCGGGACUCCCUGAUCCACGCAGCAGCCUACAGCGACCUGCAGUACCACAGGGACAUGCUUAUCGAGUGGAUAUGUGGAGAAGCCAAGCGGCCGGUUAACCUCUGCAAACCCAGCCCAUGCAUGAACGAGGGCACCUGUGUCCUGCGGAACGGGAGCUACCACUGCGCGUGCCGGGGCGGCUGGGAGGGCCCGCACUGUGAGAACCGGGUCUUGAGAGGAGAUGCCCCCAAGGCACAUGGCUCCCACCAAGAACCUGUAGGAGGACAGCAGCCGCACCCCACCCAGCGACUACAGAGGCCUGGGAGCUGAGUGCUGCCCUUUGGAGUGUGUCCUUUUGGGUUCUUUGAGUGUCUGCCUCCAGCUCCGUGCAGUGCCCACGAGCCUCUGCCAGGUGAAGGGUGCCCUGGCCGCAGAUGCCGCUGUUUGGGGCAGUAGUCUAGCUGAUGUCAAACCCUAGGUAUGUCGGUAAAUAUGUACUUUUGCACCUGGUUGCACUUCGUUGAGGUACAUCAUCUGCCACUUUUACCCUGAGGAGAAACCAGAGAUCCUGGAGACUCCGGGAAAUCUGAGGGCUGUCUGAGGUUCAUUUUGCUCCCCACAAAUGCUAGACAGGAUGUGGUGAGGUGGUGAUGCCUGACAGAAGGUAUUUACUAGCAUAUCAUUUGGACCAUGAAGCAAUGGCAUUUCCAAAUGGGAGAAGUGUAGACUUUUUCACUUCCUGAAAGAUCUCUUCUGUGCAUUUGCUUUUAGUUUGGGGACUUAUAGGGUGUUUGUGACUUCUGUGUCAGGGAGAGAGCUGGAAAAGUCCCAGACUGGAAUUUGACCAAUUAAGGAACUUGGUUAGCUACAGGGGAGGGAUCAACUGUGCAAAUGGCCCAGGUCUGAAGGGGCCAUCUGUGGUCUGGGUCUGGGUGAUAGCUCCUUGGUGGGGGCUUCCUUUUAAAAGAUUUUACUUAGGAGAGGUUAAUUAUGGGGUGUUUAUUGAAAACUUCCUUUUCCCUUUUAUUGGGGCAAAGAGGAGUAGAAUUCUUAAAAUCAACAAAUAAAAGUUAAAGAAACUUACAGGGAGUUUUGCUUUUUUAUACCUAGUUUUUAAAGGAAUAUUUCAAGAGGCGGUGUUGGUUAUUUAUUUAACAGGAAUAUUGGCAAUUUUUUUUUUUUUCCUGGCAAACUAAGUACUUAACCCCUACAGUACUUCGGAAUCAGUUCUUCCCUUUGGUCCUAUUGUCUAGAGUUGGGUUUUUAGUAGAAACCUUUUUAAGCUCUGACAUAAAUCCAGAGACUUUAUCAUAGUGUUUUCUUUUGUUCUUUGUGGUGCUGGAGAUAGUUUUUGUUUUUAAUAUAAAUAUUUUGUUUUACGUGUAAAAGUUCAAAGCUACUUUGAUUUAAAUAUCACUUUAAGAAAUUCAGGAUUUCUGAUGUUUGAAAAGUGUUUAAAGAGAUAUCACCAUGGUAUCAUUAGACAUUAAAAAUUAAAAGUCUGGUGUCCCAAGCACUGGGUCAUUUGUGUUCGAGGGACAUUUUUAUUGAUAAUCAGUUUUCUGUUAUUACUGUUCUUCUCAGAAGGCAACACCAAGACAGGACCACAUGCUCAUCCAGGGAAUGCCAAUCAGUUGUAGAAGUUAUUUUAAUUCAUUUUCUUUAAUAGCAUAAUCAUUUUAUCACGUAGGCUCUUUGGUUCAGGGCUAUUUGAAUGUCUCAUCUGGAUUACUUGGACUUUAAUAUGUAAGUCCACUGUGUUCUUUAAGUCUUUACUGUUUCUUUUUAGGCUGGGGGUCCUGCCCUUGAAACUUUUUUGAGAGACAGGGUCGCUGUGUUGCCCAGGCUGGCUUGAGACUUGUGAUCCACCUGCCUUGGCCUCCUGAGUACCUAGGGCUAUGAGUGUGAAUCACCACACCUGGCUUGAAUUUUCUAGUGAAUGGGCCACUGGCUAGAUGGACCUUUUAAAAUUGUCCCAGUAGCACUGAAAAAAGAAAAGGGACUUGCUCUCAUUGCCUACCCAGCCAAGCCCUUUUCUUUCAUUUCAAAUUAAUUUCUAGCUUUAAUUAUAUGUAAUAUAUAUUUUUUCUUUGCAUAAAUUAAAGCCUUGCAGAUAGAUCAUACAUCUUUUUAUUUCCUGAAGGAGGCUGGUGCCAGCUACCCUCCUGACCACACCAGUGUCCAGGGAAACAUCAUCUACAAAUGAUAAGUCUUGUCUCUUCCUUUUGAAGUUAUAUACUACUUUUUCUUGUCAUUUGCCUUCUCCAGGGUCCCCAGAAUGUUUUUAAAAGUAGUGGGAAUAACACUGAUCCAUAACCGGCUCUUGACUAAAAGGAUGGUCACCCUUAUAGUGCUAAUUUCUGUUUGUUUCCCAUAGGUCACUUUAUUAGGUGAAGGAUGCUUGUUCAUAGCUCUUGAUGAAUAAGAAUGUUCGUUAUGAGCCUUGAGAUUUAUGGUAUGCUUUUCCCACUUGAAGGAGCCAUUUUUUUUCACAUUGAAUCUGUUAAUGUGAUAAAUGACACAUUUGUAUACUUUCAGCUAUUCAACCUUUUUUUUAUUAUUAUUCCUAAACUCUGUUUGUUCAACAUUGCUGAAUUUCAAAAUUUUUUUCCAUCAAUAUCCAAAAGUGAGAUUUGGUUUUUCUUUUGCAAUAUGUAUAGAAUUUGGGAUGACUGUCAUGGAAAACCCAUAGUUCUCAGAUUGACAGGUUCAUAGCAUUUUCUUGUAACUGUUCUUAGAUGUUUUUGUCAAUUUCAAUUAUGCUAUUCCAUACAGCUUUAGGAUGUUUUUUGAUUGCAUUAGUCUUUUCAAUGAACCAGAAUGUGGUUUUAUCAUUUUGUAAAUAAACAUUUAUGCCAUGAACAUCUUUCAUUACUAUUUAGGUGU